AUGGAUCCAACAAUCGAUCAUAUUGAACGAUUACGUACCAUUUAUGGUAAAUUAAAAAAAGUUCGUUUUGGUGGUGUUGUAACUAGUCGUAAACCAAAGUAUGCUGAAGCUGCGUUAGAUUUUCAAUCGUUAUCUCGUCAAUUUCGUCAAGAAAAUUGUCUUGAAUAUGCUGGCCUAUGUUUAAUUCAAUCGUCUCGUUGUUUUUCCGAAUUAAAAUCUUCAACAAGUGAACUGCAAAUGUUACUUGAAGCAACUUCGAUCUUUAUUGAAAUUGAAUUACAAUUAAAAGAUACAAAUACAUUGUCAUAUCAUGAAAAUCUAUCAUUAGCAUUAUCUGUCUAUCAAUUGGCACAGAAAAAUUUACGCGAACAAAACGAACGUUAUUUAGCCGGUUUAAUUACAUUUCAAGUUGGUUUACAUUUAGAAGCGUUAGAAAAAUUUCAAGAAAGUGAACGUCUUUUUUCUAUGGCAUUAGAUUCAUUUCAAGAUCUAUUAUCAAUACAAAUAUGUAUCUAUCAACGUUUAAUCAAUAUACGUAUUGAUAAUGAAAAUUAUAAUUUAGCAUUACAAACAACAACAAGUCUUAUUGAACGUUUGAUGAAAACAUCUACAAAUGACAUAAGUUAUCGUUGUUUAUUAGCUAAUUAUGAUGUUGUACGUCUUUUUCUUUUACUUAUUUUACAACCACAUCCACAACGUCUUCGUUCGGAUUACGCGAAAGCUUUAGAUGCAUAUACAUGGGAAUCCUACGAAAAAUUAGACAUUCCAAUGUCCUAUUUAGAUGAAACACUCUUCUAUUUAUUACAAUCAAUAACAUUAGCUAUACAAGCAAAAGAUUUAAAACAUAUUGAACAAUUAGAAUAUGAUUUAAAUCAGCAGACACAAAUUAAUUCACGGCAUAUACAUCUAUUUCAUAAAUUAAAACAAAAAAUAUCUGGACACUUUAUUGAUACAUUUAAAUUCGAUCAGCAUACAUCAACGUCUAAUGAUAUAACAGAGUAUCGAUAG